UGUGCGGCGGGGUGUGCGCAUGCUCGGUCCUCGAUGGCGCUGGUUUUGUCGGAGGUGGAUGAUGUCCGCAUUGACCCGGGCGGUGUGUUUAAAUACGUCCUUAUCCGAGUGUGGAGCGGCAGCGGCAGUGACCAGCCCCGGGAGAAGGUCGUCGUCCGCGGCUCGGCCUCCGCUGAGUAUCACGCUGAUAUCUAUGAGGAUGUGUCUAGCUGGAUUCAGAAGAAGGGCCUGCACUGUGAGUGUCUAGGUGGUGGUCGAAUUAACCAUAACAGUGAGAAGAAGACCAUUCAUGUGUAUGGAUACUCCAUGGGUUAUGGACGUGCAAAGCAUGAGAUCACAGCAGAGCUUCUGAGAGCCAAGUAUCCGGACUACAAUGUGACCUGGGCGAAUGAGGGUUAUUGAGGUGCCCUGGGCCUGAAUGCUGUGCUGCCUUGUUGCUCAACUUAUUUCCCUCUGCUCCGAAGCCUCUGGUUGGAAAUGCACCGAUCAUGUCUGAUUGCAAUCUGAAUUAAAGUAAAUUAUUACUGAA